ACAAUCACCGCGCUCCCGGUUCCUCGCCAAUUCCCAGCCGAUCUCCCGCGUUGCCCUAAUCUAAUCGCCGUUGUGCUUCAUUUACUCGCCCGCGCCUUCCGAUCGUUUCCGCAGUCCUCGCAGCCGCCGCUUCCCUCAUUCACUAAGUACUGAUUAUGGGAUAGGCAGGGCUUGAACUUAAGUUGAAGACAUGGAUAAAGUUAGUAUAUUUAGCAUUGAAUGCAUGUACCUCAAAGGCCUAGGUGCAUUGUCAGAAGAGGGCAGAUUUCUUUCUAGUUUAGCAUGAAUGGAUUGAUAAAACUCUUGUAGUUUUAAAUCUAUUUGAAGGUUUUGUCAUCGAUGAAGGAGGAUUAUCAUUUUUGCUGGCCUAUCAUGAAUGAAAUGCUGGACUUGGUUUAUGAAUCUUUCGAAUGCCAAAUGAGUAGUUGUUGGACUUGAAGUAGCACAAUGGACAAAAUCGGUAGAAUCCCUCACUGGUUCCAUUUUCAUUUUGAAUGCUGGAUGGUCAUUAUCUCAUAAUUUGAAGAACAAACAGCUGAAUGAAGCAUGGUUCUUCGCUAAGUUGUUGGAUAUCUUCCUCCAUCUUCCACAAUAAUGGUCAGAGGAAGAGAUGCUUGUUGGGAACACUGCGUGUUGGUUGAUGCUACAAGACAAAAAGUUAGAUGCAAUUAUUGUCGUCGUGAGUUCAGUGGAGGUGUCUAUAGAAUGAAGUUUCAUCUUGCCCAAAUCAAGAACAAAGACAUUGUUCCAUGCACCGAAGUUCCAGAUAAUGUAAGAGAUUUAAUUCAUAGCAUUCUCAGCACUCCAAAAAAGCAGAAAACAACUAAGAAACAAAAGAUAGAACAGGCACCUACUGGUCCACCACAUAGUUCCUCUGCUAGUGGUGGAUACCGUGGAUACCACGCCGAUAAUGCUGUAUCGAGCGGCCAACAUGGCAGUACCUGCCCCUCCAUGUUACUACCUCGCCCAUCGCCAAGUGUACAGCCCACGGCGGAUGAUGAUAAGAAGCAGAAAUUUAAUGAAGCUGAUAGAAGGAUUGCUUUGUUCUUCUUCCAUAAUUCAAUUCCCUUUAGUGCUGCACAAUCAAUUCAUUAUCAGUCCAUGAUUGAUGCAGUUGCAGAAUGUGGGGCAGGCUAUAAACCUCCGAGUUACGACGGGUUUAGAACAACACUUCUAGAAAAAGCUAAGAUUGAUAUACUUGAAAACAUAAAAAAAUUAAAGGAUGAUUGGAAAGAAACAGGCUGCACUAUUUUCUGUGACAGAUGGUCAGAUGGUAGAACCAAAUCACUUCUAGUUUUUUCAGUGGCAUCAGCCAAAGGCAUGAUAUAUCUCAAAUCAGUUGAUGCUUCAUCUCGUGCCGACGAUGCCUAUCACCUAGUUGAUUUGCUUGAUUCAGUUAUAAGGGAGAUUGGUGAAGAAAAUGUUGUGCAAAUCAUAACAGAUAAUGCCACCAAUUAUGCUUGUGCUGCAGAUCUCCUCUUAAAGAGAUAUCCUUCCUUGUUUUGGUCUCCAUGUGCCUCAUAUUGCAUUGAGAAGAUGCUUGAGGAUAUUAGUGAGAUGGAAUGGGUUUGUGAAGUUUUGGAGGAGGCAAGGUCGGUCGCACGAUAUAUAUACAGUAAUGAGUGGGUACUAAAUAUGAUGAGAAAAUUUACUGGGGGAAGGGAAUUGAUUCGCCCAAAACAUACUAGAUUUGUGAUGAAUUUUCUUUGCUUGAGAUCCAUUGUAGUUCAUGAAGAUGGCUUGAAGCAUAUGUUCUCUCAUGCUGAUUGGUUAUCAUCGGCCCACCAUCGACGACCUGAUUCACAAGCUAUCAAAUCAUUGAUUUAUUUAGAGAGAUUCUGGAAAUCUGCUCAUGAAGUUGUAAGUGUGUCAGAACCAAUUGUAAAACUUUUGAGAAUGGUGGAUGGUGACAUGCCAUCUAUGGGGUAUAUAUAUGAGGGCAUAGAGAGGGCAAAGCUAGCAAUCAGGAUAUUUUACAAUGGUUGUGAAGGGAAAUAUAUGCCUUUUUGGGAAAUAAUUGACAGGAGAUGGAGCAUUCAACAUCAUUCACAUCUACCUGCAGCUGCAGCAUUCCUUAACCCAUCAGUACUCUAUAAUCCAAAUUAUAAGUUCGAUAAGAAUAUAAGAAAUGGAUUUCAUGCAGCAAUGUGGAAGAUGUUUUCAGAAGAGAAGGAUAGGAUUGAACUUACAAAGGAACAACCUAUGUAUUUAAAUGCGCUAGGAGCUCUUGGGAGUGAUUUUGCUACUUUGGGAAGAACAUUGAACGCUCCUGGUGAUUGGUGGGCUGCAUACGGUUAUGAGGUACCAAUGUUGCAAAAGGCUGCAAUGAGGAUACUUAACCAGCCAUGCAGUUCAUACUGGUGUAAAUGGAACUGGAACACUUUUGAUAACAUUUAUAACAGUAAGAGAAGUAAGAUGGAACUGGAGAAGCUCGGCGACUUGGUUUUCGUGCACUGUAAUCUAAGAUUACAGGACAUCGGUCGCAAUCGAGAAGGUAUAUUCAAACCCGUAAAUUAUGAUGAGAUAGAUGUUAGCUCUGAUUGGCCGAUAGAAUCUGAAUCUUCAUCUCUUGUAUUGGAUGAUUCAUGGUUGUAUAAUCUUCCUCCUGAAUGUAAAGGUUAGUAACAUAUGAAUAGAUUGAGAAACUUGAGUUGAAGAAGAAAUCUCAUGCUUGCACUAUCAUAUUUAACCAAUGAAUGAAUGUACAAUUAGUGAAUAUUUUGACAUUCAUGCCCUGAUGGUUUGUUAUUUCGCUCGACUUGAAUAACACAAACAUUAGUGGGAAUC